UAAAGCGACCCAGCCACGGUCACGCUGCUAUGAAAAUAAAAGUGAAUUACAAAUUUAGCAGUAGUAAUAUGUUAACCAAACCGCUCCCGCGCUUAAUUAGUGUCGUUUAAGCUUGCAGCCACCCUAGCCCUAUAAAAUUCACUGAGUAGUGAGUGAGACAAAUUCAGAGAGAGUGAGCGAAAGAGCAGAGAGCGUGUGUGUCGGUGCCUCUGUGCGUUUGUGUAUGUGUGUGUGUGUGUGGUGCAUCAAGGCUGAUAAAACUAAAUCCAAAACUGCAAUUGCAACUAAAUUUGAAACAAACUCCGAAAGCGUUUUCUAACUGCGCACAAAUCAACACAACAAAAUGGAAGCGGUUGCCAAACACGAUUUCUCGGCGACGGCCGACGACGAGCUGAGUUUUCGCAAAACUCAGAUCCUGAAGAUAUUAAAUAUGGAAGACGAUUCAAAUUGGUAUCGUGCGGAGCUGGAUGGAAAGGAAGGCCUCAUACCCAGUAAUUACAUAGAAAUGAAGAAUCACGACUGGUACUACGGACGCAUCACACGCGCCGAUGCCGAGAAGCUACUGUCAAAUAAGCACGAAGGCGCCUUCUUGAUACGCAUCAGCGAAUCCAGUCCCGGCGAUUUCUCCCUAUCAGUCAAAUGCCCCGAUGGCGUUCAGCAUUUCAAGGUUCUGCGCGAUGCCCAAAGCAAAUUCUUCCUCUGGGUGGUCAAGUUCAACUCCCUCAACGAACUGGUCGAAUAUCAUCGGACGGCGAGCGUUUCCCGGUCGCAGGAUGUCAAAUUGCGUGAUAUGAUACCUGAAGAGAUGCUCGUGCAGGCGCUGUACGAUUUUGUGCCACAGGAAUCCGGGGAAUUGGACUUCAGACGCGGCGAUGUCAUCACCGUCACAGAUCGCUCCGAUGAGAACUGGUGGAACGGCGAGAUCGGCAAUAGGAAAGGAAUCUUCCCAGCAACUUAUGUGACGCCAUAUCAUUCAUAAUAAGAUAACUUCUAAGGAGGGACGCCACACACACAACCCUCUCCGGGAAACGCGAAAAACACAACACACACCCCAUAACGAUUAGGCAGCAUCAUCAGCAAUUGCGAAUAACAACAAGAAGGAACUAAACACAAAUUUUAAAUAUUUAUAUACAAGAAACGUGGACAUAAAUUCUGUAGACAACGUAUACAACACAACAAUUUUAAGCCUAUAAGCCGAAUGCAUUUUUUACGUUUUGACGUUUUUUGAUAAAACAAUACCAUUACGAUACCAUUACGAAAUCGUUUAAUAGCAACUGAGUGACACUUUAAACUAGAUAUGUAAAUUUAUUUGUGUAUGUAUAGCUGCGGCCGAAUAAAAAGCAUUCGAUCGCAGUUUUCCUCUGGCAUCCUUCCAGACAGAGGACUCAACUCACUGCUGGCAUCUUGACCGCAACUAUAGGCAUAUGCAAGUAUGUCUACAUACCAGAUGGCACUAUUAUUAUUAUUAUUGUAAACGAAGCGGAUUUUUGAUAUAAAUAUAUAAUAUAAGUUCGAUAAAGAGAA